AUGGCGCCGUCUGACGCCGCUUCUCCCGUGAGCGACAGUGACGAGAGGUACAUGUCGCCCUGGAGCGACGGUUUCAAGGCAUCUUCCAGCGGCGCCGUGCCGACGUUCAACCUGCACACCACUUCCAUCAGCACUCUGUACCAGUCGGAUUCGGAGUUUACGACGCAUUCUCCGUGCGGGUCAUUCUCCUCCGAGGCCUGCAGCAGGCCGACUGCGCACGAGUCGUUCGAGAACGAGGCUGUCUUAUCGCAAGGGUCCUCCACCAAGCGCGGCGGCGCAACCAUCGAUGCGCGUCUGCUGCGCGUUGAGCACGGCCUCAGGGCCAAUGGAGCCCUCAACGGGGUGCUGCGUGAGCUGAGCAGCAUCGGCGCCGACUACGCGUCCAGGCUGCAGGCGCUGGCAGAUGGCAUGGAAAUUGGGUUCGAGGGCGAGUCGCGUGGCAUGUCCGCUGCCGUCGGCGCCCUGCGGGCCUACAUCGUCAGCCUGGCCGAGAACCAGCGUGAGUUCGCGGAUGCGGUGGCCCACGAAUGCACGGUCCCCAACGACACCCCCGACGCCUGCGCCGGCAUAAGGGGCGACCUGGAACGGGCGCGCAGCAAGUACGACGCGGCCGAGGCCAGCAGGACGUCGCUGGUCGCCGGUGUGGAAAACCUGUACCUGCAAACGAAGUCUGCCGUCAGCAUGUGCUCCGAGGCGUUCCACGAGCCGCCGUCGGUCAAAACGCGUCUGCACGCGGGGCUGAUAUCGGUGUUUUUGAAGUUCAUGCGGUCGAAUGGCGAGCUCAGCCAGUCGCAGGCCGUGAACGCACGCGUGGAGCUCGAUGAGGAGACAGCCAGGCUGUCGGAGUCCCUGCGGUCAAUCGACGCCGACCGCGUCUGCGGGCUCCGCGACGGCAUCUCCAAGCUGGUGGUGUACGAGACAGCGCGUCUGCGCAACCUGCAGUACGACGUGUGCCACUUGGUCACGGCGCUGAACGACGUGGACCCGGAGCGGGAGUGGUCGGAGUUCGAGGCAACGGGGCACCAGGACAUGGUCGAAGUCCCGUCCGAAUCCAGCCGCUCUCCGACGCACUACGCAACGUACUUGAAGGCUGAGAUCCCGGAGGUGUUCCGCAACUACGCCGUGUCGCAGCUGGCGCUGUCUGCACCCAAGGAGCGCGUGCUGCAGCGCAUCGAGCGCACUCUCGCGAAGUACAUCGACGCGGUCUGGGACGACAAGGCGGACAGCGUGCAGAUGGCUGACUUUGUGGGCGAGAUGCAGUCGUCGCUCGUCCGCCAGGUGUUCUGCAACCUGGUCACCACGCGCUCGCUGCAAUGCAACCGCCUGCCAUCCAUGGCCGCCUUAAAAUUGUUUUCGCGUCUGGUCGGGGCGUUGCUGGCGUUCUCCCGCAAACAGGGCGACGCCUGGACUGGCUACGCCAUCCUCAAGCUGGCCGAUUUCGUGCACGUCAUCGAGCAGCCAGCGGAGGGCCAGCCGCGGCGCACGUCGCUCCGAUGGCUCAUCUACUCGCACGAGUACUGGAGCCGCAUCCCCUUCUGGGAGGAAUGCCUGCUGAUCGCCAUCGCCCAGGAUUUCGCCGCGUUGUUCGAGGACGUGCGCCCGGACACCGUUUUGAAGCCGUACACGUCCGAGUUGUUGCGCUUCCGGCACUGGAUGGCGGCGUUCGGGAUUAGUAGUGCGGAAUCUUGUGCGCUGAUCGAGCGGGUGUGUGGCCGGCUGGGCCUGCCGGGGUCGUACACCCAGUGCCUCCAGGAGCCCAAAGAUUCCUGA